CGAGCGGCUGCGAGUGACGUGGCGUGGGCGGGGCCUGAGCGGCUGCGGCGGCCGCGCGCCCGAGCAUCCUGGCAGCCCCCGGCCACGAGGAGGUAACUGGCGUGGGGAGAGAGGAGAGAUUGAAUGGCCAAAACAGAGAAGUCGAAUUAGUCCUUGCUGUGAGGAAUUAUUUUCUUGGUACCCGACUCAUUUGUGAUGAAACAACUCGAAAAGCUGUGAAUUUUCACUUAGUUUGGACAGGGCAGGAUGUCACAAUUCCACACUGACUUUGAAUGGAGAUCCCCUUGUUUCAGCCUCACAAGUGCUGGAAAUAUAGGCCACAGUAAACACAGGUGUACAGGAUCCAUUUACCAUGGAAGCCAGGGAGCUUGAUUGCCCCACACCCACGUACCAUCUUCUCCCCAAGGCCAGCCAGCACACUGUAAAAGAAGAUGCCAGCUCACCAUCUCAAGGGUCUCCAGAAACUAUGCAGCUGAAGAAGGAGAUCUCCUUGCUGAAUGGGGUCAGCCUGGUGGUGGGCAACAUGAUUGGCUCAGGGAUCUUUGUCUCACCCAAGGGUGUUCUAAAAUAUACUGCUUCCUAUGGGCUGUCUCUAGUUGUGUGGGCCAUUGGUGGGCUCUUCUCUGUUGUGGGUGCCCUUUGUUAUGCAGAACUGGGGACCACUAUCACCAAGUCAGGGGCCAGCUAUGCAUAUAUUCUAGAGGCGUUUGGGGGCUUCAUCGCCUUUAUCCGUCUGUGGAACUCACUUCUAAUUGUUGAGCCAACCAGUCAGGCUGUCAUCGCCAUCACCUUUGCCAAUUAUAUCAUCAAGCCCUCCUUCCCCACCUGUGAUCCUCCAUAUGUGGCCUGCCGUCUCCUUGCUGCUGCCUGUAUAUGUCUGCUGACAUUUGUGAACUGUGCCUAUGUCAAGUGGGGCACACGAGUACAAGACACAUUCACGUAUGCCAAGGUCCUGGCACUCAUUGCUAUCAUUGUCAUGGGCCUUGUUAAACUGUGCCAGGGACACACUGAGCACUUUCAGGACGCCUUUGAGGGUUCCUCGUGGAAUAUGGGAAACCUCUCUCUUGCCCUGUACUCUGCCCUCUUCUCUUACUCAGGUUGGGACACCCUUAAUUUUGUAACAGAAGAAAUCAAAAACCCAGAAAGAAAUUUGCCCUUGGCCAUUGGGAUUUCUAUGCCAGUUGUGACACUUAUCUACAUCCUGACAAACGUGGCCUAUUACACAGUGCUAGACAUUCAAGAUGUCCAUAACAGUGAUGCUGUAGCUGUGACAUUUGCUGACCAGACAUUUGGCAUGUUCAGCUGGACCAUCCCCAUUGCUGUUGCUCUGUCCUGCUUUGGGGGCCUAAAUGCAUCCAUCUUUGCUUCAUCAAGGUUGUUUUUCGUGGGCUCCCGUGAGGGCCACCUCCCGAACUUUCUGUCCAUGAUCCACAUUGAGCGCUUUACACCUGUACCUGCUUUAUUGUUCAAUUGCACCAUGACACUCAUCUACCUCAUCGUAAAGGAUGUUUUCCUGCUCAUCAACUACUUCAGCUUCAGCUACUGGCUCUUUGUCGGCUUGUCUGUUGUUGGACAGCUCUACCUUCGAUGGAAAGAGCCUGACUGGCCUCGACCUCUUAAGCUGAGCCUCUUUUUUCCCAUCGUGUUCUGCAUAUGCUCCUUGUUUCUGGUGGCCGUACCCCUCUUCAGUGACACCAUCAAUUCCCUCAUUGGCAUUGGGAUUGCUGUCUCUGGGGUCCCUGUCUACUUCAUGGGUGUUUAUCUGCCAGAGUCCCGAAGGCCACUCUUUAUUAGGAAUGUUCUGGCUGCUGUUACCAGAGUUACCCAGAAGCUUUGCUUUUGCGUCUUGACUGAGCUAGAUGUAGCUGAAGAGGAAAAUGUUGAGAGGAAAACUGACUAGUAGCCAGAGAUGACAUUCCCUGAAGUCCAAAAAGCUGUGACCACAGCCACCAAAGACCAGUUACCUAACCCUUCUGAAUUAAAGGAGCUUGUUGGCCCACAUUCUGUAAGGGGGCUCAGGGCCAAUGCUCUCUCAUUGGUAAGCUGUGGGAAGAGACUGAUCAGGCCAGCCUGAAGAUGGGGACUUCAGUGGGAGGGAAAUGGGGAUGGGGAAGGGUUGGUUUAGUUUUAUUUCAGGUGAGUAGGUAUGGACCUGUUGGUAAGUUGUCCUGAGCAAAGAAAGGAUGUUAAGUUGACAGUUAAUGGUUCAUGAUUCACAGCUAUUUGCAGUUUAAACCAUAAGUCUACAGUGGGGCUUCUUCAUGGGAAGUUUUCCUCUGACCAAGUCCAGCUUCUUGAUUUUUAGAGGCCGGAAUGUUACUGUUUCUUCCUGUGACUCAAAAUUCUUUCUUAGGGAGAGCAUUGUUUUUUGUUUUUUUGGGUAGCAAGAGCAGCAAGGCUUCAUUUAUCUGACAUGGGAUCAAUGUACCUCUUUUCCUGAAUUCCACAAGAGGGACAUCACUCCCUUUUCUGGAACUUCACUUUCAAGGCAAACAAUAAGCUUGAUGGAAGACUUAUCAGGGUCUAGGAAUGAAGAUCCUCCUGUUGAGGACUUCUCAUUUGUGGGUCCGAAUGUUGGGGUAUCCUUGGGUUCUCAUUGUGUACAGAAUAUCCAUCUCCUUGAGGAGUUGCUGCCUGUCUGUUUGACUUUGCUCAGAUCAUAUUAGCAGUAUAGUCAGAAUCCUUAGGCAAGAGGGUGAGCUUCUGGCUUAUCAAGGAAUUUGUCCUGGCCACUUGAUUGUGCCCUUCCUAGCUGAUCCAUGGUGCUGUGGAGCCCUUGAAACAAGGGCUGAGAGAAAACCUCACCACUCCAGCUGAAUGGAGCAUCUCUGCUACUACCUGGACAAGCCACUAUUGUCACCAAAAACCAAUCCGUACAUUUCAUAAUUUUAUUGAUAUUUACUUCAGGACACCAGUUGUAGCAAACCAUUAGUGAUCAUUUGUCUACAGAUGGCAUAAGUGAAUUGUGUUUGAAGAAAAAGUACCUUAGCUAGGCUGGUAGUGCACACCUCUAAUCUGAGCACUUGGCAUGGGGAGCCAGGAGGAGUUCGAAUGUGAGGCUAGCGUAGGCUGCAUAGUGAGUUCCGGGUAGCCACUCUGGGCUAUAUAACAGUAUCCUGUCUCAUCAUGUACCUGUUACACGUUAAUGUAUAGAUAAGUCACAUGUUCCUAUCAUCUGUCUCAGACCCAGCAAGGACAGAUGAGUGAGUUUUUGAGUCAGAAGUCUGGUAAUACUGCUAUUUUAAAGGAUAAUCCUUUGUUUUUUAUUAAGACCAUAGGUCUUUGUUCUAGUUGAUAGAAAAUAAAAUUUUGGAUCUCUGGUAUGAACUGUAAGAGGCCUGGAAUGUUCUGGAAUUCAGGUAGAUCACCUUGAUCUAUCAGUUGUCACUGUACCAGGAGAACAUCUCGUGGAUUCAAGUCAUCCAAAUAGCUUGUUCUCUUCAAGGGCCUGUGUGAGGGUUUGCUGUGUAUAGACUCAAGCAAACCCACUCUGGUCAUUAACUUUCUGAAAGCCACAGGGCCCCAGGCUUUGCUCACACUCUGAACCAUCUUGGGCCGUGGGACAGUACACCUGCUUGCCUUCUCUUGUUCAAGGGCUGGUGAGAUUGAGUCCCAAAUGUGCUUGGUACUUGUGCAUCUGCUAUUUUCUCCCUGUGAAGAUUGAUGGAGACUGUAGGAGAGAAAACAACUUUAACAUCAGUCUGACUUCUGGAAAAGGAUGGAAGGAUGGAAACAGCUAAUUCUGGUUAUCAGGCUAGGCUGAGUUGAGGCCAAAACAACAGACUUCGAUUUUGCUUGUGGGCAAUAUGUCUACAUUGGAUUGUACAACUAUCUUGAUAUAUCAUCUUGGACACAGAAGAACCUGCUGUUUUGACAUGGACAUUUGAUCUUUAAGUUUUGGAAUUUGUGAACAAUACAAAUAAUAACUGAGACAGUCUCCUCUUCUGAUCCUUUUUAUUUACCAAACUGGCCCAAAAAUGCACAGGAGUCAACCUUGGAUAUCUGCUUGCUCAAUAAAGACCUAGGGGAGUGUGAUCAUA